AUGGAAACGGACGUGAAUAAUGCCGUCAAUAACCUGAACGGUAUCGUAAUAGCGUUGGACGACUUCGGCGUUAACCUGGUCGUCUUGACGUGGGCUCAUGCUGUCUGUGAUCCCGAUGAAUUCGAGAUCCCAGAGUUGGAACUGGAGUGUUUCGAACCGGAUACUACUGGUCCAAAUCGUGUGUACACGAUCAUGAGUCCUGACGAUGGUCCUCCGAUUGGUGAUAUACUACGAGACGCGUUGUACAAAAGUAAAGUUCCACGAUAUGAUCAGAAUUUAUUACGAGGAGUACGACGGAUGGCUUAUCAAACUCUCAGUGUGCAAAGUAAUCCUUCCGCCGAAGAAGAAGCGAGGAGAUUCGUACAGAAGUACUCUUCUAAAGGAGAAGAGUCCAAUGUAACUCGGCGUCCUCGAGGUCGUCCACGGAAGUAUCCGUGA